AACAGUGUCGAAUGCAGAUAAUCGAUUAUAUGUGGGGGGAAUUCCCAAUGUGCCUAGGAAGGAGAGCUAAGCCUAGGCCUAUUUAUUUUUAGAGCGUUGGAUUUUCCAAAUUGUUAUUUUUAGAACAGAUGGAAUUUACCAGAGUGUAUUUGUGAACUGCUUAGAACAAAAAUGUUAAAGACUGUAUUUUAGUUAACCAAAUUUACAGCUGAAGAAAAGAUACAACAUGGAUAAUAUUAAUGACAACAAGGGUCAAGAAGAUCAUGAAGAUCAAGAAGGUCAAGAAUUUGAGGCAAAUCUGUCCAGUUUGCAAGGUGACUUUGUUGUGCUGAAUUACAGUGGUAAUGAUGUAGACAUAGCAACUACAUUGAGUGACGUCCAUCUGUCAGAUAACCGUCAUCACACAAUGCUAGAUGAAAAGAACCUUAUACAAUCAUGGGAAAUCCUGAAAGAAGAGAAUACCAAUUUGAAAGAACAACUAAAGAAAAUGAAUCAACUGCUCACAAAACGAAUUGAAGAAAUGAAAGAGAUGACAAGUGCUCAAGGAAAGUGGAUGGAAGUAAACGAGACAAAUCAUCAGCGAGCUAAGGAGAAGAUUCUGAGUCUGCAAAAAGAGAAUGAUGACUACAAACACAGCAUUGAAUCUGUGCGAAAAGACAGUGAACAAUACAAACAUCGACUUGAAUCUGUUCUUAAAGAACUUGGCCACAUUAUCCAAAAGGAGAUAGAUCCAGAUUGUAAGAAAUAUCUUGAGGGUAUCUCAUUACAAAUUAUGGAAGGGAUACAUUCAGAAACCAAUGAAAAUGUAGAAGUAGAUAAAACUGUGCCACAGUCAGAAAGAAUGGAAGGAAUAAAAUCAGAAGCCAAGACCGAUGCACAGGUCAAAGAACUGAACUUAAAAAUAGCAGAGAUGAGUGAACAAUUAAAGUGCAAGGAUGAGCAGAUUGACAUGAUAGCGAGAGAAUUGUCAGAAAUAAAAGAAACAGCAAAACCGCCAACGGAAAUGGUUUUGGUCUCAGAAGGGUCAAAAGAGAUACCAAAAGAGACACCAAACAAGUCAUCACUUGAGGCCCCAGAAAGCUUUCAAGAAGAAUUGACAUCAAUGCGGGAUGAACUCAAAAAGGUGAUGUCAAUUAAUACCCAACUGAAUGAAGACUUAACAAGCUUUCAGAACCUUCAUACUAGAAAUCAGUCAGAGAUUGAGGCCCUCAAAGGUGAUCUCAUCAAGCACCAACAGAUGCAUGAAGAGAAGUCAAAAGAAUUUGAAAAACUUCGUGCAAAUAUUGCCAAACUGCAGACUGAUAAGGAAGGGCUUGAGCAAAGUCUGACCCACUAUCAGCAACAUAAGUGCACUGAGGCUAAGCCAAAAGAUGCCAAGACACCACCAUCAGACAUCCAUCCUCCAGCAGUAUCCACUGAAGUCAUGGUUGGAAGUGCACCAAAUACUGAUGUUAAGAAUAUUAGAAGACAAUCAUCGGAUGAUGGGGAAACAGUACAGAAUCUUAUGCUAAUAUUUAGAGCUGAGAGACAGAAAUGUGCCAGUCUUCAGGAAAAACUUACAGCUGAAUCAAAUCGAGUUCAUGAGUUAGAGAUGGAACUCCUUAUUACGCAGCAAGAAUUGCAAACUAAAAACAACAAGGAAAUAUCAAAAAGAGAAAGAGAACAUGAGAUGACUGUUGAAGAUCUGAAUAGGAAACUAGACAAUGUAUGCAAAGAAUUAGAAGAAGCUCGGAAUUACAUGGAGGAACCUCGAUAUCAAAGUACUGGAGAUGACAUCCGUGCUCUGAAAUCACAAGUGAUGGCAUUGAUGUCAGAACUUGAAGAAAUGAAUAAACAAGUUGAAGAUGCCAACAUCCAGGUUCAGAAACGAAAUGAUAGGAUUAAACAACUUGAACUUAAGAAUAGUGUGUUAGCCAGCGAGCAAUAUAACCAAAGCAUGCAAGACACAGCAAUCAUUGAACGUAUGCAGGUGGAGAUCAAGCGUCUUAAUGAGGAAACCAGUGGGUUGGCAGUAGUCAUAGAGGAAAGAAAUGAUCUGUUAAUGAAAUACCAAAAUCUGCAAACAGUAUACAAUGAUGUUUGUCUUAAAUAUGAUGAGGCAAGACAUAAGGCUGUUGAUGAAAAGGAAAUUGAAGAGCUUACAGUGAAAUUGAUCUCAUCUGAGGAAGCAUUGCAAAAGAAGUAUCACCAAAUCAAAGAGCUGCAGGAUGAAGUGAAGGAACUUCAGCAGUUUAAGGAUCAAUGUCCAGCAUUAAUGGCCCAGGCUGACCUUUACAAGAUAGACUUUGAAGCAGAACGAGAAGCCAGAGAAAAAGCACACAGUGAAAAAGAUGUGCUGAAUGAGCAAAUUAGUCGACUAAAAGAAGAAAUAGAACAACUGAAGGAGGAUUCGAAUCCUGCUAGAAAAGCAGCUUUGGAGAAUCUCCAGCGGCGUCAUGGUUUUGGCUCUUCCCAAUCUCAACCAAUGCAACCACAACCAGUAAUGCCACCAGACUUUGGUGCUAUUUACCAAAGGCCUGUAGACUACUACCCGUAUGGCAUGGGAGGUUACCAACACACAGGACCCCCUCCUAAUUCACAGUCACCAAUGCACCUGUGUCCUGUCUGCCAGAGAAAUUUUCCGGACAUAGACACGCUACAGAUUCACGUCAUGGAUUGCAUCAAUUAGAAUUCAGACAAGGCAAAGUGGUACUUCUCCAGUCCUCUCCAUUUCAAAAUUCAAAGCCAUUGGGGAGCAGCUGAUGUCCGUCGGCCAAAUGCUUUGAGACAAAGUUGACUACUGACAGCACUGGAAGUAACUUGUGCAUAGCCGUUUUAUUAUAUACAGAUGCAAAUCCCAUUCUUAAAAUAUACUGUACCGCACUCGCGCGAUUAAGCGCCCGGGCGCUUAAUUUGUUUUUGCACUUUUUGAGGGGCGCUUAUUCAAACGGGGUGCUUAUUUAAACGGGACGCUUAUGACAACAGAGUGGAAAUUGAGGGGGCGUUUAUAGAAAUAGAUGAAAAUUGAGGGAUUCUUAUAGAAACGUAUUAAAUUCAAGAACUUUUUGAAUAAAAAAAGAUAAUAUAAGGACAUCGGGAAACCGAAAAUUACGAAUGGUGGUGUGGGGGAAAAGAUAAUCGUUUAGAAUGCAUUUCUCAUGACAAGAAUGCUGUGAAUUUACAUAACAGCAGAAGAGCAUGCAAUUAGUGGUGUUGAAUAGUGGUUUAGCUUGUUGGCCAUUGGCCGAUUGAGAUCAGCAGGAUGGCAGGAUCAUUUUUGAAAACUCAGAUGAGAAUGUGCUAAAUGUGCAAAUUGUCAUAAAAAGAGGAGUAGGACUAGGUCACAAAUAUAAGAAGAGGAAAGUUGGAAAUAUACUGUCGGUCCAGGGAUCGGGGCUCUAAUCUGUCCCAAGAGAAAUAUCCUCACUUUGAUAUUGACCUACAGUAAGAAGAAUGUGAUUGCACUCUGCAGCUCAGAUCAUGCCAACAACCACAAUCCCAGGAUUGAUUGGAUUAUUGACUUGCUGAAAAGAAAAUCUCAUGAUAUUAUUGAGGUGGCGCUUAUUGAAAUUAGAAGGGGUGCUUAUUCAAAUGGGGCGCCUAAGGAAAUUUUCACGUUAGGAGGGGUGCUUAUUCAAAUGGGGCGCUUAUUCGCGCGAGUAUGGUAUACAGUAUAUACUAUUACUGUAUAUGGAGAUUGUAUGUGAUGGACUAAGAAUUAGACAAUGAUGUCACUAUUAUUACAGACCUGUUUGUCGUUGAUUAAAUACAUAAGAUGUCAGACAGGUAGUCAUUUAUUAUUAAAAGAAUUAUUGCAGAUUUAUAACUACAUAUAAUGAAACUUGGAUAUUGUUCAUCAUUUAAAAUUAAAUAUGUUAUAAAAGUAUUAUUCAUAUAUUCAGGCAUUUUUUUUUCACAGAAAUUGGAUUCAAUAAAUUACAAUGUCCUAGAAAUCAAGAUGCUCUCUUAUUAGUUAGGAGACUAAUAUCCUAGAAAAUAUUUACCAAGUUACUACUGUAUAAACAUUUUGGUUACUGAUUAAUUGAUGUAAGUGUAUGAUGUAACAUAUUCUGUAGUCUACACAGGAUAUAUUUAAAUGAUUUCAAGAAAGUUAUAUAGUUUUACAGGUUGUUAACAAAGUUAGAUGAGUAUAUACUAUAAUUAGCUCAAUCAUAUUUCAACAGCACCAGAACUUUUAAACUGAACAAUCAAUUCAUCUAGUAAACAAAUUAUUUGCUUACCAUAUAACUGCUUGGAAAUUAGUAGCCUAGGUUUCAGGACCUGAAUUUAGUUUACUCAUUGAAUUCUAUAAAAUAUAAUUGUUUUAUUGCACUCAGUGUGCAUCAUACCAAAUUUAAUUGGCAUCCCAUACUCAAUUUCUGUUUUUAUUUUUUUUUAUCUGAUCUGUCUCUGAAUUCCAAAAUGACUUGCUUGUUAAGGGACUUGCGGUAAGUCUAGGGGAAUGGGUUUGUGGCCAUGUUUAUCAUGAAUCAAGUGAAGAAAAAAUAAUAAAUAAAAAUGUUUAAUGGUCCUGGAGCAUAAGGUAAUCACUGAACAUAAAUGAUAUGUCACUCAGUUUUAUGAUAUCUGUAUAUUACAUUUGAAUUUAGAAAUAUUAUAAUAUGGAUGCCAUUAUUUUGUGUUAUCCCAACAGCAGUACAGUAUAAACAAAAUAAAAUGCAUGUUUCUGUACUUGUAUUUCAUGUACGGUACUGAAUUACCAUACCAUUCUCUACAUUUAAUGUCUGUAAUAUACAUAGGUGUGUUAUAUUUUAUGCAGGAAUCAAUAUUUUUUUUUAACAGCGAAGAAAAUUAUAUAAAAUUAUAUUAUAUAAGUUUUUUUUUUCUCAUUAUUUAUUAUCCAGUAUCAGUGAAAAUAUAUAUUGUUAAUUGUUUGUAUAUUAUAUAUUAAAUACAGGCAAAUAGGGUGCGGAUCCAGUAGGGGGAACGAGGUGGCACGUGUGCCACCCACCCCGUUUUUCCUCUAAAUUAUAAAAUUUCAGUGCAUAUCAAUGUUAUAUGCUACUCAUCUAUUCUGAAAAUCUUGUGCCCCCCACCCCCCAAUCCCUUGAAAAAGUCUGGAUCCGCCCUGAAUAUUAUGGUACAUAAUUAUUUUCAUUCUUUUUAAAUUGUCUGCAACAUGUUAUACUGUACAAUUUGUAGUCAAAUUUCCCACAUGUUUUUCCUGACUAGUACUUUAGUAUUGCAAUGAUUGUGUACAUAGGAGCCUAUACAUUAAAAGUCAAAUCAAA